UAUGUGAAUAGUAUAUAAAAGUAAAAAUACGUAUAUACUAUUCAUUUUACAUCUGUAUCCCUGCACACUCUCAAUCCCUUUUUUUUUUUUUUUCAGUCUCUUCCGUUCCCCACUCUGGCCCUUUCCCCUUUCAAUCGCUUCCAAGUUCCACCACAAUUUCAAAGACAGUUCGAACCCAAUCGUCAAAUCUGUUUUGUAAUCAGAUACAAAGGGAAGAAAGAAGAAUGGCGUGGAGAAGCCAGUUAUCUCGAAACCUCAAAGAACUGCGAAUUCUGUUUUGCCAAACUUCCCCUUCCAGUGCCUCUGCGAGAUCAUUCGUGGAGAAAAAUUACAAGGAUCUCAAGACUUUAAACCCCAAAUUACCAAUCCUCAUCCGUGAGUGCAGUGGGAUUGAACCCCAGUUGUGGGCUAGAUAUGAUAUGGGUGUCGAAAGGGGCAUUCGGUUGGAAGGUUUGACUGAGCCACAGAUUUUGAAGGCUCUAGAAGACCUUGUGAAAGCAGGGGCAUCCCACAAAGCCUAAUAUAUUGCUGCCAUUGAAUCAAAUGGUUUGAAUAAAUUGAUGUCUUACCGGGAACUGUUUCCUUAUGGUUUUCCUCUAUUUUCAGCUAUCAUACUGAUGUUGUAGGAUGGUUGUUGAAAGUUCAGUACUUGCGUUGUUCCCUUGCCAUUUAAGACUCAAAACACUGCAGAAUCUUCCCUUGAUUACUUCUGUACUGUUAUUUUCCUUUCCCCUUUCAGCAAUGAUAAUAAUUCUAUUAUUAUUGAAACGU